AUGCAAGAGGUCGUAGAAAACAGGGCAGUUACAUUUAAAGGCAGAAAUGACCCGAAUGAGAUUACUUCUGAGACAUUGAAUCUUGGCACCUGUUACUCUGAUGACGAAAUUGUCAUCCAAGUUCACGCUGCGGCGUUAAAUCCGGUUGAUUUACUUGUGAAAGCUUACGCAUAUUCGUGGAUUGCAGGAUCAGAACCAAAGACUUUUUCAAGGGAUUACAGCGGGAUAAUCGUUCGGAAAGGUAAACACAUCGAGGAAUUUGAUGUCGGCGAUAAGGUGGUUGGGACUUUUGACCAUCUUUUUGGUAAAGAGGGAUCUUUGAGCAACUAUUUGACACUAGAUCCAAAAAAACAUCCUUCAAUCACCAAAAUGCCCAGCUUUGGCGAUAGCGAGUACGAUGAUUUUGUGUUGAACGCUGCAUGGCCGCUUGUUUUCGGAACUGCUUACAUGGGCCUCGGUCUGUUAGACAAGAGCCAGAACCUAGGUCCUGGUUCGCGCAUAUUGGUGAUUGGAGCCUCAACUUCGGUGUCAAAUGCUCUGGUACAAAUCGCUAAGAAUCAUUUGAAGGUCAAGUCCGUGGUAGGAAUAUGCUCCAAAAGCUCAUUCGAGCGUAACAAGGAAUUGGGUUUUGACCACCUAGUUGCCUACGACGAAGGGCCUGUCACCGAUGGGGUCAAAAACCUGAUUGACACCGAAUUCAAUGGUGGCAAGUUUGACUUGAUUUUCGACUCAGUUGGAAAUUCGGAGUUCAUUCCUAGGAUCGAAGACUUUCUGAAGCCAAUCAGCGAAAACUCUUACUAUCGCACCAUUGUUGGUGAUGCAAAAUUGAAGUAUACCUCUCCAAGUGUGCUGAGGUCCUUUAUACCAACCGAAUUUUUCAAAAGAUUUGGUCCUUUCAAGAAAUAUAACUACAAGAACUUCUUGCUCGCUCCAUCAAAAAAUUAUAUGGAGCUUGGCGCUAAAAUGAUUAGUGCCAAGGAAUUCAAACCAUCGAUAGAUUCGGUCUUUGGGUUUGACGAUUAUGCGGACGCUUUUGAUAGGUUACUUUCAAACAGGGCUAAGGGCAAAAUUGUAAUCAAAGUUACGUAA